AGGAGCCAGGAGUCAUGAGGCUGGCAGUGGGCAUGCUCUGGCUCUUGGCCCUUGGGUGGCCCCCCCAGGCCCGGGGCUCCUGCCCAUCUCUGUGCAGCUGCAGCCUCCAUAUUCUAGGCGAUGGCAGCAAGGCCAGGACUGUGGUGUGCAACGACCCCGACAUGACCCUGCCCCCAGCGUCCAUCCCUCCGGACACCUCCAGACUGCGCCUGGAGCGGACGGCCAUACGCAAGGUGCCCGGCGAGGCCUUCAGGCCCCUGGGCCGCCUGGAGCAGCUGUGGCUGCCUUACAACGCCCUGGGCGAGCUCAGCGCGCUCAUGCUGCGGGGCCUGCGCCGCCUGCGGGAGCUGCGGCUGCCCGGGAACCGCCUGGUCGCCUUCCCCUGGGCGGCGCUCAGGGACGCCCCCCAGCUGCGCCUGCUGGACCUGCAGGCCAACCGCCUGUCUGCCGUGCCGCCCGAGGCCGCGCGCUUCCUGGGCAACCUCACCUUCCUCGACCUCUCCGGCAACCAGCUGCUGAGGCUCCCGCAGGAGCUGCUGGGCACCUGGGCUCCGCUGAAGACGGGCCUCUUCGUCCCCGGCCACCAUACCAGACUGGUCCUAGGGCUGCAAGACAACCCCUGGGUGUGUGACUGCAGACUCUAUGACCUGGUCCAUUUCCUGGAUGGCUGGGCCCCAAACCUGGCCUUCAUCGAGACCCGGGUGAGGUGUGCCAGUCCGCGCAGCCUGGCCGGAGUGGCCUUCAGCCAGCUGGAACUGAGGAAGUGCCAGGGCCCGGAGCUCCGUCCGGGGGUGGCCAGUGUCAAGUCCUCUUUGGGCAGCACAGCAUUGCUACGCUGUGGAGCCACCGGGGUCCCUGGGCCCGAGAUGAGCUGGAGAAGGGCCAGUGGCAGCCCCCUCAACGGCACAGUGCGCCAGGAAGUGUCCAGUGACGGCACGAGCUGGAGUCUGCUGGGCCUGCCUGCGGUGUCCUACCCUGACUCUGGAGACUACGUCUGCCAGGCCAAGAACUUCCUGGGGGCCUCCGAGACUGUCAUCUCCCUGAUUGUCACUGACUCCCAGACUUCCCCAGAGCACAGUGGGAGCCCAGGGGUGCUGUGGGCAAGGACAGGCGAGGGGGCGGAAGCUGCCGUCUACAACAACAAGCUGGUGGCGAGGCAUGUCCCCCAUAUCCCAGAACCUGCCGUCCUGGCCACUGGGCCUUCUGUGCCCGGCAUGAAGGAGGAACUGACCCUCCAGCACUUCCAGAUGGGUGCCCUCGGAGAGCCCUCUGCCGGGCAGGUGGAACCCCAGGAGGCCCGCAUGGUGAGGUCGCUCAAGGUGGUGGGGGACACUUACCACAGCGUGUCCUUGGUGUGGAAGGCCCCCCAGGCUAAAAACACAACUGCCUUCAGCGUUCUCUAUGCCGUCUUUGGGCAGCGCAACAUGCGGCGAGUGGUUGUGCAGCCUGGGAAAACCAGUGUCACCAUCCACGGGCUGGUGCCCAAGACUAAGUACGUGGCAUGUGUCUGCGUGCGGGGCCUGGUGCCCCGGAAGGAGCAGUGCGUCAUCUUCUCCACCGACGAGGUGGUGGACGCCGAGGGCACCCAGCGGCUCAUCAACGUGGUGGUGAUCAGCGUGGCCGCUGUCAUCGCUGUGCCUCUCACGCUGCUAGUCUGCUGCGGAGCUCUCCAGAGACGCUGCCGCAAGUGCCGCACCAGGGGCUCCACCGAGGCCACGGGCACCUAUGUCAACCUGGAGAGGCUGGACCACAGCGACGAUGGCUUGGAGGAGCUGUCCCGGCACAGUCUCAGCGAGGCCGACAGGCUCCUCUCGGCCCGUUCCAGCCUGGACUCCCAGGCCUUGGGGGGCAGGGGAGGCAGACGGAUGAACGAGUACUUCUGCUGAGGGGCGAGCUCCUGCCACUCACACGCCUGCCCCGUCCACUGUCCUUUGACUCUCACACACUCACUGUGAUACCUGAAUACACGCUCACCCACUCUUAUCCGCUCGAGUACCUGCUUACUCAGACACUUACAUACAACAGCAGCAGCAGCAGCAGCAACGGCUAAUACUUAUUAAGCACUUACUAUGUGCCGGGAAGUGUUGUGAGUGC